GCAGGCGCGUGCACGUCCGAGAAGCUGAGUUGGAGGAUCAUGGCGGAGCGCAGGAGGCAUAAGAAACGGAUCCAGGAGGUGAGUGAGCCCACCAAGGAGGAAAAGGCAGUGGCCAAGUACCUCCGCUUCAACUGCCCCACCAAGUCCACAAACAUGAUGGGCCACCGAGUGGACUACUUCAUUGCUUCUAAGGCAGUUGACUGUUUACUGGACUCCAAGUGGGCCAAGGCAAAGAAAGGAGAGGAGGCGCUUUUCACCACCAGGGAAUCUGUGGUGGAUUACUGCAACAGGCUCCUAAAGAAACAGUUUUUCCAUCGAGCUCUCAAAGUAAUGAAGAAAAAACUUGAGAAAGACACCAAGAAAGAGAAGGAGAAAGACAAAGACAAAGAGAAGAUCAAGAGUGACAGCAGUAAAGAGGAGGAGAAAAAAGGAAAGAAGGAGAAAGAGAAGAAGAAGGAGUCUGAAACUGGGGAAAGCAAGAAAGACAAGAAUGAUGACAGUCCUGGAACCCCUAAAAAGAAGAAAGAGGUAAAGAAGAAGUUUAAACUGGAGCCCCAUGAGGAUCAGCUGUUUCUGGAUGGAAAUGAGGUAUAUGUGUGGAUUUAUGAUCCUGUUCAUUUCAAGACGUUUGCCAUGGGACUGAUCCUCGUCAUUGCAGUGAUAGCAGCCACGCUGUUCCCACUUUGGCCAGCAGAAAUGCGCGUGGGAGUGUACUAUCUAAGUGUUGCAGCCGGCUGCUUUGUGGCCAGUAUAUUGCUCCUUGCUGUUGCCCGCUGCAUCCUCUUCCUGAUCAUCUGGUUAGUGACUGGUGGACGCCACCACUUCUGGUUCCUCCCCAACCUGACAGCAGAUGUGGGUUUCAUCGACUCCUUCAGGCCGCUAUACACGCAUGAAUACAAGGGUCCACGAAGCAGUUCUAAGAAAGCCUUAGACAAGGCAGACGACAAGUCCGGGGACAGCAUCGCCUCCAUCAAGGCCCAAAAGUCGGACAGUGACGAGAAAUCAGACAGCGAGAAGAAGGACGCAGACGACGAGGAGGAGGAUGAGGACGAAGAGAGCAAAGAGGCGGGGCCGGAGGAGGGUAAAGAAGCAGAGGAGGAGGAAACGGGCGGAGAACGGAACUCAGACACAGACAGCGACCGAAGGGAAGACGAAGGCUCGCAGCACAGCAACGGAAACGACUUUGAGAUGAUCACCAGGGAGGAGCUGGAGCAGCACACGGAGGAGGAAGAGGAGGGGGAGGAGGAAGACAAGGAGACGCAAGAGAGGAAAGAGGGCAGUGGGAGUGAGACUAAACCCCAGACUGUUGAAACAUAAACUCUUCCAAUGCCAUCACUCUGUACUUUCCUCUGUCCUUCCUCCCUUCCUCCUGUGAUCCCAGGACCUGCCAGUCCAGUCUCGGCCGUGGCCGUGCACAGGCUCCAUCUCUUGUUGUUGAGAUCUUCCACUAAACAGUACCGACAGACACAACAGUGAAAAGGAAACGGCUAUGACAAUGGGGGAAAACGUAAAAGAAAAAAAAGAAAAGAAGCCUUAUGGUGGAUUGGACUCCUCUCACCCCAACGUUAUUUAUGUUUCAUACAAGUGAAAACUGCCACCGGACCUGUUUGCCUGAGGAAGUUGUCAACAAAAACACCUUUGGCUGUUUUGUGCCCACCAGAACAUGAACAGCCCCAGUCGAGGGGUUUUAUUUGUUUGUUUUUGUAGUUUCUCAUGUCGUCAAGUUGCUUUUCUUGCCAUCAUUUCAACUCAGAUCGUUUCAUGUUUUAUUUAUGUUCCCUGUCUUCAGUUUGAUGUCUUGUCCUUAGGGUCAGAUACAGAUCUUAGGUACAGAUUCAUACUAAACUGACCAGUACAUGAGGAUCUUGUGUGUGUGUCCCCCCUCCUCCUUUUGGUUUCAUUGUUGUCUCUGCAUUGUUGGUACAAUCACAGUAGUUUAUGGCUUUUUAACAGAACCCCCCGUCCCCCCCAGAUUUUUUGCCGUUUUAACACUCGGUGAGCCAUCUCUGCCAGGAGCACACUUGACACCCUGUUGAAUGCCAGCGAGUCUGAUAGCUUUCUCAGGCAGCACUGAGAGCAAACUGACCAGCAUGUCUGCUUUGUCACUGAAACCCCAAAUAAGCCGGAUGGACCAAAUCCUGUAGUUUCCUCAAAGAAACCUAAAGUCAACCGUAUUGUGGCUGGGUAGAGAGUUUGGAGAGCGUUACAGCGUGGCUCUUUAAGGUACUUGACCAUUUUGACACGUUUUUGUGACUGGCUCAUGAUCAUAGUGCAGUUCUCUACAGUCUGAAGUCUUGUUCAUAUUUAACAACGUGGAAGUCGUCUUUAGGAGUAAAUGGGACACAGCUGGUGUACUUAAUUUUCUUUUUUAAAAAAAGAAUGCAGCAUUGUUGUACAACUAAAGUCAGAAGUUACAGAGUUCACAGAUUUACUGUCUAUUUGAACCAGAUUUAAAGUAAAGCAAACUAGUGCCAAACACAACUACUAAUGUUAUGCAUGCUGAUUUAAUAUGGAGCGGCGAGUGUGAGCGAAGGGGGUUUUGCUACAUUUGUUCAUCGUUUCAUUUUGUAUCUGCAUCAAACUCCUUUCACCUCUUUGGAAAAAAAACCCUAAAUAAACAGAUAAGGCAUAGCACAACAUUGUUAGUGUGUAGCUAAACAAAUGUUUUUGGUCUCAAUGAAACCAUUUAUUAAGAGUGGUCGCUUUACACUCGCAUCCUGAGCUGACAGCGUCCUGCGUACUCACACACAAGCCGUCAUGUGUGGAAAUAGUGGAUGCGCUUCCACUCUAAAUCCAGUUCCACUGACCAGAACAACCACAGAUCCCAGUCUGAGCUCUGUGACUGGCAGCUGAGGUCCUGUUCUGACACUCAGGCAGGUGGUGCUGCUGCAGUGACCGAGGUCCAAACUGUUUGUUCACAUUACCUUCUGACUAGAAAUGUUUUAGAUGCAUUUUUUUAGCCAUAGCAAGGAUUAUAUUUAAGUCUAAACAUAGAAAUGUAUCAUUUAUAUAUGAAUUCUAUUGAUAUAUCAAAUAUAUACAAACUUAGUCUAAGGAAUUAUUAAAAAAAAACAUCUUUUUCUUUCUUUUCUAUUGUAUUAGCAGUUCUCAUUUGUAUUCCCCAGAUUGUCAUUUUUGUUUUUUGUACGAUCAUCAGUUUAACAGUGUCAAGAAUUUCUAUAGAAUUAACAGUCAGAAUUUUUGUUUUGCCAUGUGGCCACAUCUGUAUUUUUUCUCACUGAAAACGGUCAGUCAUUAACUUGAGGUUAUAAAACCAGUGGCUUGUGUAACCGUGACAACAACCUGCCGUUUCCCACCUAAUCUGAUGUGGCCAUCUUUCACACAAACUGUUUUCAUUUAAUCCACGCUGCUUUCUGUACAAAAAUGUCCCUUUGUUUACCUAAAUAUAAAGUCACCUAGACUGCAUUUAGCCUUUUGUUUCUCUGUAUCUUCUACUUUUUCUGAUCUACAAACCUUCUCGUGCUCUUGUUGUUUUCGAGUAUAUUUUUUUUUGGCUCCCUAAUGGGCAAAGUGCAUCUCUGUGUCCUGUUGUCGUCUGCAGAGUCACCAGUCUCUGUACUCCAAAUACUGGUAUAUCCAUGUCACAAAAGAGAAAAAAAAAUCUCCAAUUGUUCUUGACUGUUGCACAGUAUCGGUCUGUUGUAUAUUGUAGUAUUACUCUCUAUGCUGCUGCUUUUCACCGCACAUUUCUGGGGGAAAUAAAGUGAAAUUGUAAACAUCUAUGUUUUAUCUCUGGUCAAAAAAAAUGUGUCUUUUGAUCACAUAGUUGUCCACAUUUGGAUCGAUAUCAUUCUCAAGACUGUCUCAUGCAAUAUUAGAGUAUAAUUUAAUAAAUUGGAUGUCUGGAAAUAUAUCUGUAUCUUAUCAUUGCAAUAAAAAUAUAGAAAGCA